UCUACAGUCUGCACCAUCGUCUUAUACAUUUUAACUUUUUACUUUUGAAGCAAUAAUGUUCUUUGUUAUUGGGAAAUUAAAGGUAUAUGACCUGUAAAUGUAAGUGCCACGAAAUUUCAUGAUCCUCCGCGAUGUCUCGUGAUACAUUCAGUGACGUCCACGAGAGCCAUGUAGAAUCCCCUCUUACAGAAGAGGUGCGCACGUAUAAAGCCAGUGAAAGCGCCAGGCGGCCCUCCAGACUACCGCACAGUCCGACAGCGAUAGGAGCUCUGCCGAUGGCGGACUUAGAUUAACACCUGAAAAUCUCUCGCGUAAGUUCGCACGUUGAAAUAAAACAACUUCGAAAAUUGAUCGCGUGUCGUGCUUAAGUUCGCCGUCCACGUGUUCGCGAAUUUCCCACCGUCUUUAUUGAUUGUGAUUAGAAUAGCUUAGAUCGGGAGUGAUCAUGAAAAUGUAUUUCGUUGGAAUCUUGGCUAUCCUGUUAUUCGCUGGUACCGAAAUUUUAGGACAUCCACCACAAGAAAGAUUAAUGCCAGAUGGAGCACCAAUCCCUGAGGACACAGUCGUACAUGAGGACUCCGUGGCGUCGGCGUCGGAGGUAGGCGAAGAAUAUGACGAUUCUGACAUGUAUAUGGAGCCGGAUGAAUCCGAGGCAACUUCGCAAUCGGAUCGCACAGAGGCAAGCACGCAAAAGACUAAUGAACGCGAAACCUCGUUAACUGAUACCACCGAGAAGAGUAACGAGAAAUCAUCCGAGACUGAAAAAACUGAAGCUUCUAAAGAUCAGGAGGCAAAGAACACGGAUAAUACUGCUGUCACGCAGUUCACCGAUGCUGGAGACAGAAAUUUGGAAACCGAAAGUCAAAAUUUCUUCCCGUCCUUUGCGGAGCUCUUUGCGAAUCAUAGACUUUCGUUCGCGGAACAGCAACAGCAACGAUAUCGUCCCAACAGAUUCGUAGGCUACUUCCAACGCGAUCGCAAUUAUCAGACCGCUGCGACCAAGGAUCAACACUCUAUCCUGGGCUCUGGUAACUUCGGCGUGAUCCGCGGCGGUACCUAUUAUCCAGAGGACAGGGAGAACGACGAAUAUUCGGUAGACGAGAGCCUCUACAACCCGUACUAUCAGAGUCGUGGCCGUGCGCACUAUUACAGAAAUCCAAAACCGCAGCCGAUUCGUGGCGGUGAUUUCUUCGCAAAUUUCCGCGAUUUCGCUGACAUCACGGCGCCACCGAAGUCCAGCUUCUCGCAUCUUUCCGUGGUAUACGCCAACAAGAACGGCAGUUCCACCGGACGUGUCACGGAGCCUAGAAAUAUCAUCGAGACUCUCAGGAUGUUGGAAGAAGAGGAGCGAUCUAACGCGGAGGAAAUAUCCUCUACGGAGAUACCGAGGAAGAAGCAGAGCAAGGGCAAGUGGAAGCUCAUGAAGAUAAAGCAGUACGAGGAGGACAAGGCCAGAAGAUCUCGCAUGUCCGUCGAGCCGCUGCUCGCUCUCAGCUGAGCUUAGAGACAUGUCGCUAAAGUGUACAUUAACGUAGACGCGAACCUCGGGAUUUCUCCCAAACGCGGAAUUUGGCCUCGAGAUCAGAACCAAAGUCUGAAAAGCGUCGUUCUUUUUAAUUCAUUGGAGGAGAAUGUACUGCAACUCGAACAGAGAAGAUUCGCAUUUUUCUUCACUUGCGCGCUACACUGUGCGCGCGUAUAAACUUUCCAAUCGAAACCGAAAAACUGGCGACUGAAGAAUUACAUUUCGAAAUUAAACGCGCGAUGUCGCCGGUUAGACGGUAUACAAUUCCUACUAUUGGAAUUCCGACGACGCUACUAUCUCCCUAUCGAGAUAAGAACGCGAAAACGUUUCAUAGUUAUAAAUUUAGUACCAUGCAAAAUUUUUAUAUCACUUCUUCGGAGCGAUGCAAAAAUUCGAAUUAAUUCGUAGAUUUUAAGGUAAAUAGUAUUAAGAGUGUAAGGCACUGCCGUUCCUGUUUAUCGACCAAUCGUUGUUAGAUCUAAAACGCAUGUGGCCUUAACGUUUAAAUUAUUCCCUAAGUUUUAGAUGAUAACUGUGCGAGUUUAAAAGAUCCUAAGUAUAAGAUUUUUCGAGUCUACAGUGUGUCGAUUAAGAAAUUCCGUGUGGUGCUAUAUAUGUUCCGCCGCGAUCGUACAUACACCUUCUGGAGAAACGUUCCCGUUUCGGCAAGGCGCUUGCAAAGCUAACUAGCAACGAGAUUAUUCACGGAGACCUUUUACGUUGAUUGAAUUCACUUGCUUGUACGUGAAACGUUACGCUCGAGUAAGCUACGAUUCCGGAAUCGGUAACUUUUACCAACGACACUUGUGUUCUGGCUAAAACCACCGAGGCUCGUGCGCGCGGCCUCGUUAUCCUAUAAUUAUGCGAAACCUGUAAUCACGUAGGAUAUACUUCGGAAUAUUCAUGAGAUCUGUUCUUCUCAUUGUCAGUUACAGCUUUUGCAUUUAUAUUCGUUGCUCCUCUUUUUUUGAAAUGUACCGUAGUUUCAUUCCCGGUGUUAAAAGUGUAAAAAUAAAAAAAGGAAAAAAAAAUACAGACAAAUGUAUGAAAAUAUAUGCAUCGAAAUUUUAACCCGAGUUGACUUGCGAGAAACUUUGGUGUUAUUAUAAAUAAUUCAAUGUUAUUGUAUUUCACAUUUAAUGUUUUAGCACUGUUAGCUAAAGCGUCUUUUCUCUUAAAAUGUUACAUUAUAAACGCGCUUUGCGUGUGCACCAGCAAAAUUAAUUUUAAUUGGUUAUACUUUAAGUAUGUGAAGAUCCACACACACAUAUAUAUUCAGUAAACUAAUAAAGACUGCCCAUUUUGUA